CUUCAAUGUUAUUUUUUUGCAUUCAUCACUAUCUUCAUGAUAACUGGCAUUGUGGCCCUUAUUAUGGGAUCAAUUUGGCUUCGACAAUCGUCUGAUGGUGCUCCACGAGAUGCAGUUAUCUCACAAGAGAUUGAGCGAGCUGGAACAAUAAUUGCAGCUGUCGUUGCAGUGAUUUCGUUGAUUGGAUACAUUGGAGGAAGUGCGCCUGUACGUCGUAAACCAUUCUUGACUGCAUUCGCAUGGUUGAUUGUAGCGGCGAUGGUGGCAGAGCUAGCCUUGGGUGGCGUUAUCUGGUUCAAGACCCUACGGAUGCGUAGUCUUUUUGCUUCACAAUGGUUGGUUUGGCCUGAGUCCCUCAAGGUCACCUUUCAAAACAUGACAAGUCUGCGAGGAUAUGGGCAGUGCUGCGGAUACCAUGAUAGCAUGAAUAUUGUAUAUUCAGGCCUAUGCGCCAGAAAGACCGCAGCAAUGUAUCCAGGAUGUGAAGAAAAAAUAUCGGCAUUCGCGGACAGUUAUUUAAGGAAGUUGUAUACAUCGCUCUUUGGAUUCACCGUCGUGAAUGUUGUUUGUUUUGUCAGUACUAUAAUUGUGAUACAGGCUAGGAACGAUGAAGAGCGAUACAUCCGCAUUGGAAAGAAAGAAGGCAGGACUUACAAAAACUCAAUUUAGAG